AUGAGCUACACGCAGGCGUUCCAGAUUUUCCGCUCAUACUCGAGCUCGCUUGCUGUGCGCAGCGUAGCACGCACAUCUCUCCCCGGUGCCCGUCGCAGAGCAGCGAUAGGGACGCGUUAUUACUCGGACGAUAAGUCGCGGGGAGCCGGAGGGUCGGAAAGUAAGUUAGAGGGCAAGGAGGGUGAAAGCACGCAGAAGGCCGAAGGGUCGGAUAGAGAGGCAGAGAGCAAGAAGGGCGAAAGCGCGCAGACGGGCGAGGCAACCGCAGGCUCGUCAGAGUUGGCCCAGUGUGACGAGAAGCUGAAGCAGAAGGAAGCAGAAGUUACAGACUUGACGGGCCGGCUACGAUAUCUCCAGGCGGACUUCCUCAAUCUUCAGCGGAACGCUGCCAGGGAAAAGGAGCAAACCAGGGAUUUUGCUAUCACCCGCUUUGCAUCCGACCUGCUCGAGACUGUUGAUGUGCUGGCCAUGGCACUCAAGUCCGUCCCUCAAUCUGCACUCUCCCAGCCCUCUUCCUCUUCAUCCGACUCUCCCACAUCACCAUCGUCCGACUCAGCUGCUCCGAUAUCUGACAAGCCAGCAGAAAAGCCCGCUCAGGCAUACCUCAAUGACCUCUAUUCCGGGGUGGAGAUCACCCACCGACUGUUAUUACAAACACUGUUCAAAUACGGAGUGAAGCCUUUCGACCCGACCGGCGACAAGUUCGACCCAAACAGGCAUGAAGCUCUCUACCAAGCACCGGUGCCUGGAAAAGAGCCGGGCACUGUCUUUGAUUGUCAGAAGACGGGAUACACGAUCAAGGAGCGAGUCUUGCGUGCAGCCCAAGUCGGUGUGGUACAAGACCAGGCAUAA